CACGUGACAUGGGUAAGCUUAAUGGCGGUUUUGAAGUAAGUCUGAUUUUGUAGUUAGAAGCUUUCCUACUAGUGACGAAAUGUGCUGACUAACACCAGAGCCUUCGACAUAGCAGAGCUGUCACUCAACUAGAUAGCAGAGCUGUCAUUCAUCGACUGUAGAAAUUUCUAUUUUUUUCUUUGUAAACCGUAUGUUAUUGCACAACUUGAGCAGCAUUAUGCAGUGGGAAUCAGAUAUCCCUGAGGUGUAAGAUCUGGGUGAUUCGCAAGAGAUCAAAUUUGAUUUCAGGAAUAAUGUCUCAGUCACUGGAGUCUGACGAGAGCACACCUUUACUAAAAGGUGAUGUUGGGAGUGCUGAUAUCGCAGAAGAUUUGGCUGAGUACAGCAGCCGAUGGAAGUCUAUCCGAAUCAUGUACUUCACGAUGUUCCUUAGUAGUGUUGGAUUCUCUAUUGUAAUAACCUCAAUAUGGCCCUAUCUUCAAAAGAUAGAUGACAGUGCUAAUGCCAGUUUCCUGGGCUGGGUGGUUGCUGCUUACAGCCUGGGCCAGAUGGUGGCGUCACCUAUCUUCGGCUGGUGGUCGAAUAGAAGGCCCCGGAAAGAGCCCCUGGUGUGCUCCAUACUCAUCAACGUGGCCGCCAACCUUCUGUAUGCCUACGUGCACUUAUUCCAUUCCAACGGGAAGUACUACAUGCUUAUUUCCCGGGUCCUCGUCGGCUUUGGUGCAGGAAACGUAGCAGUUGUUAGAUCCUACGUAGCCGGAGCCACGUCCCUGAAGGAGAGGACGAGCGCCAUGGCCAACAUGAGCGCCUGCCAGGCCCUGGGCUUUAUUCUGGGCCCAGCCCUGCAGGCCGCUUUGUCCUUCAUUGGAGAAGCCGGUGUGUGCUUUAGGCCCAUCGACCUGCAGCUGAACAUGUACACGACCCCCGCUCUGCUGGCUGCCUUUUUCGGGGUCAUCAAUAUUCUAUGUGUCAUCCUCAUUCUGAGGGAGCACAGUGUGGACGACGAGGGACGACAGAUCAGCACCAUCAACUACACCUCCGAAGAGAGAGUGGAUCUGGUGACUGAAGAAGGGAGCAUCGACCAAAUCGCUGUUGUGACCUCAAACAUCCUCUUCUUCAUCAUUCUGUUCAUCUUUGCUGUUUUUGAGACGAUCGCCACACCUUUGUCCAUGGACAUGUUUGCCUGGACCAGGAGACAGGCUGUCCUCUACAAUGGCAUCAUCCUGGCCUGCAUUGGCUUUGAGUCCAUCUUGGUGUUUCUGUUAGUCAAGAUCAUAUCUGUGAGGAUUGGAGAGCGGCCAGUGCUGCUGGGUGGAUUAAUCAUAAUAUUCUGUGGGUUCUUCACCUUGCUACCCUGGGGAAACGAGUACCCUAAGAUCCAGUGGUCAGACCUCCAGAAUAGCUCCUCCCACCAGGGUCUCCCCACUCUGAGGAGAGUCUCCAACUCAUCAGAGGAUCCAAUAGGCUGCCCCCCCGAACAGACUUGGUGCCAGUUCACCCCUGCCAUUCAGCUGGCACAAUACAUCGUAGCCGAUAUCCUCAUCGGGGUGGGGUAUCCCGCCUGCAACGUCAUGUCCUACACCCUCUAUUCCAAGAUACUCGGCCCAAAGCCCCAGGGCGUCUACAUGGGCUGGCUCACUGCCUCAGGAAGUGGAGCCAGGACGCUGGGGCCUGUGUUCGUCUCCCAGUUCUACACCAGCCUGGGCCCACGCUGGGCCUUCAGCCUCAUCUGCGGCAUCGUGCUGGCAGCUACGCUGCUCCUGGCAGGCACCUACCGCCGCCUCAUCGCCUUCUCCGUCCGCUACGGGAGGAUGCGGGAAUAGCCACGCCCCGGCCGUCCCAGUGGCAUCCCCGGCCGUCCCAGUGGCAUCCCCGGCCGUCCCAGUGGCAUCCCCGGCCGUCCCAGUGGCAUCCCCGGCCGUCCCAGUGGCAUCCCCGGCCAUCCCAGUGGCAUCCCCAGCCCAGAGGCCCCUAAUGCACCGACGCCGUCCAGGACUGGGGGAUGCUCACCAGGAAGCUGAAUGUCGCACGAUAAGUUUGAAUAACGACCACUAACUUUCCCUGAGAGAUUCCUGAUUCCGCCUCAUCUUGGGUAAAUCUUGGAAGAAUCUCAACGUCAAACAUUUGACACGACAUAUUAUCUAAUGGUACUGAUGGAUCUUGUUUGAUUCUUUAAAUGUUUGGUACAGUCGGUUCUACACGACCGGCGAAAGUGUGAUUGCCUCUAUGAAGCCAGCCGAUGAUCAGUAUCUGAUAAGGGGAGCCAUCUUCACGGUUUAUACUGUGGGCGAUCCAAAGGACUGUAAUCCCUGAGGGGUUUGCUUGCUUACCUUUGCCUAGAGUGUGAUUUCACAUUCAAAACCUGAACUAAUGUAACUUUGCACAAAGUAUUAAUGGAGACCCUUCAGUAAAUACAGUACUGUGCAUGAGUCUUAGGCAGCCAAAGAAAUUGACAUUUAAAUUAUCCUUACGUUCAUGUAAGACAAUGCUAUUAUGCCUGUCAGAGUGUGUUAGCUUAGCCAUUUCAAAACCUCACCUAAAUUACUCAAUUAUUUCCAGCACCUUUGGAGUACACCCACGUGUUUUUUCACUCGACCACUAGCACACCUUGUAUAGCUAAUCAAAAUCUCAUUCUCAUAUAUAUAUAUAUCUAUAUAUAUAUAGAUAUAUAUAUCGAUAUAUAUAGAUAGAUAGAUAGAUAGAUAGAUAGAUAUAGAGAGAGAGAGAGAGAGUAUAUAUAGUGUAUAAGUGAUAUGUUUAUUUAAAAAUAUAAACAAAAAUAAGAGCUGGUGGUAAAUACAUGGAACGGCUGGGGUGUCACUGAAGAGAGGUUUAGGAUCUGAAAUGGUGUUUAUCUAGUAAUGCAGCUAGAUAUCAGUAAGUUUUUGGACAACAGAAGAAAUUCUUACUGAUUUUUAUCGUUACUCUUAAUUUGCAUAUGCUCUAAUGUUACAUUGUUUUUUUUUUGUUCUGAGAAAAACAUGCACUUACUGCCCAGAUAAACAGCUUUACACAUUUCUUUUCACUGCCUAAGCCUUUGCACAGCACUGUAUAACCAGUAAUACUGUCAAUGUAAUACAAUAAUGUCAAAGUAGGUUAAUCACUGCAACUUUUUCAGGGGCUCUAUGAAAACUUGGGAGCCCCCCCUGCUGAGAGAACGUCCUUCCCAAUGCAGGUCAUUUGGGGGCCCUGGGAAUCUGCCUGUUCUGUCUGUACAGAGCUGGCCAUGGCAACUAGACUAAAUGUAUUGCAUUGACACAUGAAUUGACAAAGGAUAUUUGAAAUUGAUAUUGUCAAGAAAAAAAUCUGCUGCUUUUGUGUUGUUUAAAAUUAAUAUAAAAUACAUCAAUAAAAUCUGUUCCUUGGU